AUGCAGAGGUUAGGGUGCGCAGCUGUUACCCUGCUCUUCCUUUUAGAAGGAUCUCUUUGUCAGUUAAAUGUAUGUGGUCAAGCUCUUUUAAACCCCAAAAUUGUGGGUGGACAGAACGCCUCUCCGGGGGCAUGGCCAUGGCAGGUUAGUUUACACAGCCGCUCCGCAGGUUACCACUUCUGUGGAGGAUCGCUCAUCAACAAGGACUGGGUUCUGACAGCAGCCCACUGCUUCGCUGGAUCCAAUGUUGCUGCCUCUGACCUGGUUGUGUACUUAGGGAAACAGACUCAGCAGGGCUCCAAUCUUCACCAAAUCUCCAAGCGUGUGACAAAAGUGUUCCUUCACUCCCAGUACAAUUCUGCAACAAACGACAAUGACAUUGCCCUGCUGCAGUUGUCCACCUCUGUCACCUUCACAGACUACAUCAGACCUGUGUGCUUGGCUGCACAGGGCAGCACAUUUGCAGCUGGAACCAAAUGUUGGAUCACUGGCUGGGGCGACAUUGCUUCAAAUGUGGCGCUUCCUAAUCCUGGUGUGCUGCAAGAGGCUGAACUGCCAGUUGUGGGCAACAAACUGUGUGAUUAUCUGCUGGGACCUGGAGUCAUUACCUCGAACAUGGUCUGUGCUGGCUUACUUACAGGAGGCAAGGACACCUGCCAGGGUGAUUCUGGGGGUCCCAUGGUGACUAAGAAGAAUACAGCCUGGGUUCAGGCUGGCAUCACCAGCUGGGGUAUAGGAUGUGCUGAUCCUAACUCACCCGGAGUAUACACCCGUGUGUCCCAGUACCAGACCUGGAUAACCAAUACAAUAAAAUCAAACCUGCCUGGCUUUAUUAAAUACUACCUUCAGUGUUCUCUUUGUCAGCUGAAUGUAUGUGGUCGCGCACCCUUAAACACCCGUAUUGUGGGUGGAAAGAAUGCCACUGCAGGAGCAUGGCCAUGGCAGGUUAGUUUACAAAGCCUUUACUUAGGUUACCACUUCUGUGGUGGAUCGCUCAUCAACAAGGACUGGGUUCUGACAGCAGCCCACUGCUUCUCCAGGUCAGUAACCUAUAACGCUGCCGGUGACCUGGUUGUGUACUUUGGAAAACAGACUCAGCGGGGCACCAAUCCUAAUCAGAUUUCCAGGCGUGUGACAAAACUGGUCCUUCACCCCAAUUACAAUUCUGCAACAAACGACAAUGACAUUGCCCUGCUGCAGUUGUCCUCCUCUGUCACCUUCACAGACUACAUCAGACCUGUGUGCUUGGCUGCACAGGGCAGCACUUCAACUGCUGGAACCAAAUGUUGGAUCACUGGCUGGGGCGACAUUGCUUAUAAUGUGGCGGUACCUUCUCCUGGUGUGCUGCAAGAGGCUGAACUGCCAAUAGUGAACAACAAUCUCUGUGAUUAUCUGCUGGGACCUGGAGCCAUUACCUCGAACAUGGUCUGUGCUGGCCUACUUGAAGGAGGCAAGGACACCUGCCAGGGUGAUUCCGGAGGUCCUAUGGUAACUAAGAAGAAUACAGCCUGGGUUCAGGUUGGCAUCACUAGUUGGGGUAUAGGCUGUGCUGAUCCUAACUCACCCGGUGUGUACACACGUGUGUCCCAGUAUCAGACCUGGAUAACCAGUACACUCAAAUCAAACCUGCCUGGCUUUAUCGUCUAA